CUCAGAAAAAUGGUCGAAAUUUGCAUGUUUUCUAUCCAUUUCAGACCGAAUUAUGACCAAAAAACACAAUUCCUCGGAAAUGAUUUUUCUAUCACGAACCCCUUACCCUAACCCUAGCCCUUACUCUAACAGGAACCCUAACACUUAUACUAAUCCUAAGCACUCUCAGAAAAUGGUCGAAAUUUGCAUGUUUUCUAUCCAUUUCAGACCGAAUUAUGACCAAAAAACACAAUUCCUCGGAAACAAUUUUUCUACCACGAACCCCUUACCCUAACCCAUUAAUGCCACAGGGUUUGAUGAAUCCUCCAACAGCAGGAGUAUGUCUAAGGCUACAACUCCAAGUGUACUGGAUGCGCAUACAAUAGAAAACAGUGCGUCAAGAUUUGUGACUUGUCUUGUCUCACCUUGGGUACCCCAACGACGCGAUGUAAACAUGGUAGAAAUUCUAGGGAAUUCGGUUGCGACUUGCAAUGCAAGAUCUUAAAACAAGUCAGCUAAUUUAUGCAGGAUAAACAACAAAUGUUCUGACUUGCCCUGAGUGCGUAGACGUUUGCAGGAUGUUCUGCGGGACUUGCUCGAAAAAAUGGUACUGGUAGGUGAGGAAUUCCUUUGUUCGUCUCCUUCGCCCUCCCUCCUAAACGACGUUGUCGGCUUUCGGUUAUGAAGUUUCGGUGGUAACUGCCUCUCUCCGUUAGAUUUUCGGGAUCCAGGGUUGGGAGGACAUUUCAUGAAACGAUACACCUCAAAUUACAUGAAAGAUGCAAUUUAAACACCACUUUUAUAAAGCAUACUCGGUGACAUACUCGGAAGAGCGGCGGCUAUAAAAGCGCCACCUAUCAAAACAGCUGCUAAGCUCAGAUCCGGCAAUUUACGCGCAUGGAAAAAACGAACUUUAAGGUACUAUCAGUUUGUAUGUUUAUUUGCCUUGGUGCACGUUCCCAGUGAUGUACGUAUUGUAGAGUGGUAUCGUAAGGCGAAAGUGUUGUAGUAGGAUACUUUUAGAAUUGUAAGUAUGGUUUGGCUCGGGGCCAAUGUUGUUUACGAUGAGAAUUUGUGGUAAAUACGGGUGUUGUGGUUGAGAGCCAGUAUGACUCAUGGUUACACAGUAAUAUUGGGUCGUAAGGGUACACACUUAGAGUUUUUCUCAUUUCUUUUGUUUAUCUCUUUGCUUGUUUGUUUGUUUGUUUUGUUAAUGCUCAUGUGGUAAACAUAUUUUCUCUGAUGAUAUAGGUUGGACGAUUUUCCAGCCUCUCUGCUAUCCGUUCUAUGUACUGGACCUACUCGUGGCUGGCUCUGCUGAUACUCCUGCUGGUGGAGUCCCAGUCCUACCGGGUUGGGCCAGCAGAGAUAGACAGUAUCGUGCAAGGAACUCCAGCGUCUUCUGCACCUAUAUCUGUAACUGCAGUGUUGAUCAUGAUAUGGGUCAUCGAUAUAGGAUGGAAGGAGUUGAAGGAGGUGCUAAGAGAAGGCUUGUGGAACCACUUCAAACAGUUGUGGAACAUCCUGGACUUCCUGAUGGUUGCCCUCUAUCUGGCACAGUUUGCUCUAAGGCUCGUAGCAAUUUUCAAGCUACACGUCUUCUCCAGUCAGAGCACGGUAGCCGACGACUGGGCCCGAAAGGCGAACGAGAACAACUUCCAACCGGUCGCCGUCGCCGAUGUGCUUUUCUCCAUCUUCACGAUAGUCGUGUUUAUAAGGGCCGUGUCUCUCUUCACUUUUCACCCCUUUCUCGGCAUGCUGCUGAUCUCCAUUGGAAGGAUGUUUGGGGACAUCGUGAAGUUCGUCUCUAUGGGUGGACUGGUGACGUUCGCGUUUGCGUGCGGUUUGAACCAGCUGUACUGGUUCUAUGGGACCAUGCACGAGUACCUCUGCACCAACUACUCACAGAGCAACCUGCAGACGGUGGACUGCUCUCAGUCACUUGGGUUUAACACGUUGUUCAACUCCCUGCAGUCCCUGUUCUGGACGUGGUUUGGCAUGACGGAUCUGUCUACAGUGGAGUUGAGACCAGGUAACAGUCCUGUAGACGUAUUCCAGAUACAAGAGUGGCCUGCUAUCGCCGAGACAGCCGGGAAAGUGAUCUACGCCCUGCAUCACGUGGUCGAGGUGCUGGUCCUCGCCAACCUGCUCAUCGCCAUCAUCAGCGACUCGUACACCAGAGCAGAGGAAGUAAAACGCACUGACUGGGGAUUUGAAGUGGUGAAAAACUCGCUGCACUACCUGCAAGUUGACGUGUCCCUACCGCCACCGUUCACCCUGAUAAUGUCUGUGAGGAACGGUCUUGCUCGUGCGCUGUCUGCACUGUGUGGUCGACACAACAAGCUUUCUCACUCAGCCACAGAUGAGCACACUGCUGUCCACCCGUCUCAACCACCACUGGCAACGAAACAAGAAACCUGCUACAAAGAGGUUGUAGGUAGUCUGGUGACAAGGUAUUUGCUUCGGAAGGAAAGGCGACUGGAAUCAUAGGAGAAAAGAAAUAUAUGUCCAAUUAAUGUGCCCUCGUGAUUGUUUAGUAUUUUACGCCUUAUAUGGUACCGGUGAUGCCAAUAAUUCGGCUACACUGUCCAGUUUGUAUCAUCAUGUAAUAACAUUACUUUACCACAUAUACAUUUCAUAUAGACGAAUACGCCAAGCGUACCUUGAGGUACCUACCAUUGUAUAUUACUACUGAUAUGUAAUUUGUGUGUCUGAUUUGUGUUUAAGAUUUUACCAUAAUUACUUUACACUCGAGGUAUUGUUACAGCUGUUGCAAUGCGAAACAUAAAGGUAUGUUGACCGAGAGGGUAGCAGCCGUCGAGACGAAGAGAAAUGCGAGGAAGGGCAGUCAAAGUAGGACUUAUUAGUGGAUAGCCUCCACAAAACAAUAAAUCAUUUACUAGCGGAUACCCUCAAACCGCACAAACGAUACGGCACAGUGGACAUCCUCAACAAAAUAUUAAUAGGAACAACAAAGCAAAGAAAAUUACCUGUGAACCGCAUGAAGAAUGCUCCAAGGCGGACCAAAACUUUAGGCUACUAUGCUAAACUGCCCGACCCGGGCUCUAAACUCGGGCUCUCCGACCUGACCUGCUGUAGUAUUCAAAACCCCAGAACGAGACGGUAACCAUCCCCCAAACCUGAUCACGACUAUCGUGCUGGGCUCUCAAAAUCGGCGUCUGCCGCGCUGGGUAGACCUAGUCUAAAGUUCAAAGUCGAGAGCGUGUGAAGAAGACGAGAAGCGUGGUAGCGAAGCUUCCCCUAUGCUGUGGUGAGGCUCGUCCGCUCCGAAUUGAUAAAAUGCAAGUUUCCCAGCAUAAUAAGGACUCCUGUGCCAGGUGGGAAUGUCCAGGUGCAAUUGAGUUCACGUGCACGUGGCGCGCGGAAUGCGCAACCAGGUCGGGAGCGCUGACUUGACUCAAUUAGAAUAGCUGAUAGCCUGACAUAAACAGCACCCCUUAGCCGUUCACCUGAGUAUAGCUAAAUGAGGGAGCACCAUUGUUGUCUGUCAGUGAGAGACAUAGAAGCCAAUCAAGAUGAAAUAGUGAAAACAUUAUAUGUAAGAAGAGCAAAAAAUCAGCAAAUUGUUGUAUUUUCUAUGUUUACAAAUGUAGCUUAUAUUCACUACACCCCUUGUAUCGGGAAACUGUUGACAGGUGACGCACAGGGUUGACAGGUGACGUUGAAGUGCCAAAAACACAAUGUAAGUGUCACGUCUGUAUGUAAAAUAGCUUCUUUUGGUGACCAAGUCACCGUGUUCUCACCAAGAUGCUUAUUUCUUUGACGGGAUUUGAACUCAAGGUAGAUAGAACAAAGCGGUUCGCCGCCCCAUGUUCGACCUUUGAUGAGUAAAAACAACAAAGACAUUGUCACCAAUGUAACACCUUUAGCAGGCAGGUUAGAAGGCUUCCCCUGCUGUUUGGACCAGACGACUGUCUGGUAAGUAGGUGUCAUGAGCUCUGAAAUAAAGUUAACUGGCGGCUCACUUGCGGAGUGAGUAGAGGACAGGAGUCGAGAGAAGCGUUGGUCCUGACUGUGAGCUGUGAGCGAGUCGCCGGUGUUCUGUGUACGGAAAAAGCCUUGUGUCGGUGUGGCUUAUUCCCUCUAGUGUCGAACUCUUGUAGCGGAAUUCCCAAAGAACCGGGAGCUAACAUCUUUACCCCACUUACGUCCGCCAUUUCGCACGUGCAAGUCGGGCUGCGGCCCUGUGCUGUUAAAAAAAG